GAAGGGUUAUGGCCUAGGUGAGUGACUGAGCUUGUACAUCUACGUUCCUUCUGACCUAGCCUGACCUCUUUAUCAAAAGUGUGUGUCCAACUGGGUCACAUGUGUUCUGAAUGACACAGUUCGAUCAUACCUGACCUGAUUAGAUGAGCAAAGGUAAUAAGGCAUACUGCGUAGUUUGUAUGACAUGUAAAACGAAAAUCUCACAACAAUAAUAAUGAUUUUAUUAGAUUAAUACGCUCGCAUGAGUUUUCUCGAAUACCAUAUAGCAUUCGACUGCUUUGUAAUUACAACACUCGAAUUUUAAAAGAAUUAUUAAUAAGAUUACUUCAUAAAUAAAAUUAUAGUUUUACACUGAACGAAAAAAAAAGAUUUUAUAAUUGUCAUUUGACCUCAACCAUGUAAAGCAUCUUUCACACACUCAGGCCCUGAACAGAUGUUUGGAUGCACUGACGUGACUACAAUACGGAUGGGUUUAACAAAGAAUCACGAGAAUAGGGCGUGACUGUAACGAAGAUACUAGUUCUGCAUGCAGAGCAGUCAUCUCCGAGAAUACACCUGGCAGACGUAUUUAUAGGUCGAUAUGUUUGGUGUUAGAGAGUGUCUCGACAUCGCUGGAGCAUUAAUUUUGAGUAAUGCACACCUGUCCAAAGCGCACCGUGGUUUAAUGUGUAGCCAUCUAUUCUGUGCGCUAUUCCUUCAUCUAUUCGUCCUUUGAUGGAUGCUUUUUAUGUAUUUCAUAAAUACUCGAAUAAUAACUUGCUAUAUUAUCUAUCUAUCAUUCAUAUCGCUUUUCAGUCUAUCGUUUAUAUAUUAUUCAUAAACGAUAAGCAUUUUUAUGCACGACAGAGACUUAAAAUACGUUUAACGAAGCAUGUAUUUCUCAUACUUGUGUCAAUUAUUCCGAUCGGAAGUAAAUAUCACAAGAAGGAUGUAAUGGUCAAACUUUACUGAUUUAUCUUUUAAUUUAACAAACGAAAUAUAAAUGAAAACAUAUAUCACGAUUAUUUAUGAAUCCUGCGCACAGAGCUUACAGGUUUAUAUGUAUUGCUGGCGUCAGCACGGUGCACCCUCUCUGGGUUGUCUACAAGGGAUCUGCAACACCGUCUGCAGCGUGAGAAGUCAGGUGUUAUUGUCUAACAGAACUUUGCAUUAAUGCGCGCCAUGCAAGAAACAAAACAUGCAUUCGUCAAUCGAUAGAUACCCCAUGAUUUUAGACUUCGAGUUAAUCACCUUAGCGUGCAGUAAUAUUAUAGGUCAACCUUUGAUAUAGGUUUAUCAUUCAAAUGUAAAAUGAUAUGGUAAUCAAAUAUUACAAUAUCGGUGUAAUGGUAGAUUUCAUAUAAUGCCACUUCUUGCAAUUAUUAACUGUAUAUAUUGCUUUGCAUUGUAGACAAUGCAUAAUUUAUAAAAAUAAAAUUAUGUUAAUUUGACCUUUUGGGGUUAAAGUACUGAGCAAAUGUUGAAAGGUGUGAACUGUGGCAGGAACACCAUCUGUCGUGGUUGUUGCUAUCUUUCUAGAAAACUUUGCUCGUUACAAACAAAGACUAAACACGCUAGCCUGCCUUAGUGUUGAACGACAAACGAGUCAGCUCUCAGCCAAUCGGAGAGCUCGUUACAUCGCGCCUCGCUCCCAGGUAGACUGGGCCCGACUGUAGCGCAUAGGCUAUUACAAGUCAGCUGUGAGGUUGUCGCGACGUGGAGUUUUCGUACCAUAACUUUUCUCUUUGUUUCAUUUGGAACAAACUGGACGAUGACUUUGCCGGAACUAAUGAAAGAUUCGGAACUGCAAGCAAAACCGAAAAUGAUGAACGUUGGUGCUGCCUUGAGGGAGAGUAUCUGGCAAGCGAUGGAAUGCAACAGAUUAACAUCCGGUCUCUUCGAAUGUGCCAAACUUUUGAAAUGUAACCCUGACAACGUGAUGCUGUGUGUCCUACCGGAAGUAAGUGGCCACCAUGACGUCACCGUAGACAUUCAGCACACACUCAUCGAAGCUUUCUGUUGGGAGAAUGAGAUCAAACUGUUAAAGGUCGAGAAACACAACUCCCUUGGCCGUGUCCUUGAAGGAAGGGGAGGUAAGGAGACUGAGACUGGGAACAUGGCCACCUCCAAAGUUAACAACACUGCGGUAGACUCGAGCUGCGUCCUCCUAGAGUAUCCCAAGAAUUGCCCCAGUUCAAACGAUGAGGACGUGAUAGAAUUCCACAACAGUGUCAUGCUAAGCGACACGUACCCUAAACCUGUUAUAGAAUUCCCGGAAUGAUAUGAGCUCCUUACAGUGAUAUCCACAUACGGACCCAGAUCGUUGGCAUGAAGCCACAUUGAAACCAUCACCUCACUGAAAUCAGCUACCUGCGAUUUCGAGAACAGACGACAGCUGCAUGAUGGGAAGGCAGGAUCCACCGCGCACGCGAUGGACGCGAAGAAACAGACGACAUUCCGGUCAAGGUCACACAGAAUACCGGUUGCAUGGCGUAGUCCUUUUGGAUCGGAUUUACUCUGAUCGGAUUUGUGGACAAUGAGUUAUGACCCAUCCAAUAUAUAACAUCACCUUUUAUCGCUACAAGGUUCAUUUUGUAAUGAGCAUAUCUACUUUACUGAAGGCGGUUUCCCCGGCAACUGCGUGGCCAGUGUAAGUGAAUGUGUCUUAACGAUCGUCAUGUAAUGACAAGUAGAUUUAAUAAACAUUUUUUAAAUAAA